CAUCACCACGAUACCAUAGACCAGGUACCUCUUUAUCUAUGACCUGCGGUCACCAAACCUUGUCGCAUCCCGCGUUUUGAUUCAAAACGUUCACUGUGGGCCAUCAGCCGGAUCUAUUUCUUCGUGGCCCUUCCUCCCCCGUCCUGCAGGUCCCGCGAGGACCCCGUCGCUGUCGUCAAUCGAACCGCCCGAGUGAAGAAAGGCGCGCGUUGCCUCGACCGCGCCCGCUACCACGCCCGCGCCCGAUCACCACCCUUACUGCCGAGAUUCUUGCGAGGGUGCCAAACGAAUGGGGGCCUAGGGACGUGUUCCACCUGGGGACUCCCACUUGUCAACUCUGCAAGGCGGACGUUCUCAACAGUGCCUUUGGUUUGCGACCUUGCUGCGUCACUACGUCGACGGCCGGGUGCCAUUUCGCAUCUCCGCGACCGGCAUCUGCUGGCCUCCCAGGGGCAUCUUCCAUCGCGACUGCUCGUCACGCUUUCGACUGGCCAGGAUAUACGGGACUCAGACCCAGCAGACGGCAGGGUGAGAUCUCACGAAUGAGAGUCUCGCCCUUGGAAAGGAGGCUGUCAAGAUGGAGAUUGGGACGCAGAAUGGGGCGCGCACCGACCAUGACAGAGACUCGAAGAUGAACGGGAUCAAUGGCGCGGGCAUGGUGAAGCGCGAGCCUUCUCCAAACAAGGCGAAGGGAGGCGCAACACCGAUGACGAAUGGAUACGAUACUCCACUGGAAGCAGAUGCGCUAAAGCAAGCACAAGCAGCCUCGAGCGCGACAGGGCAGACCUCUAAGAUGGACAACCUGCCACCCGAGAUCGCACACAUCACGCAGAACUUCAUCGGAAUUCCGUUCCUGCUGCAGCGGCUGGCGCAGAAAUCACAUAAUGACCUCCAGUCCAAGAUCGAAGAGCUUGCCAAGAUCCUCAUACCACAGGGGUCUAUGAAUGGUAGCGCAGGCACGGCGGAAGACAAUUCGGAAGAGAAUCAAAACAAGAAGGCCAACUUGCUGAGCUUCAUCCAAGACAUGCACGGAAAAUGGGUCAAGGCCCUGGUGAUCUCAGAGUGGAGUAGGAAAGCCGGGCAAGUCAGCAAGCUGAUCGAUCUCAAUGUUCACAUCAACGAGCAGUUGGCGAAAUAUGACCAGGGCUUGGACUUCAUGGGUCAUAUCAAGAGAGGCCUCUACCAGGCGCGGCUACCAGACCCUGAUCUCAAAACGGCGCUUCAAGUUCUGUCCACGGGACAGGCGCCUUGGUUCCCUGAGUUUGGUUACAUUGAACCCCCUCCGUUGACUACGGCCGAACAAAUGAAGUGGAUCAACGAGCUGAACACUCUGUUAUCUGUGAGGCUUAAUCUUGAGGACCACGACAAGAUCCCCAGCCAAUUCAGAGGCUACACCAUCGACUCAGGUCGCGUCACUUUCAAAGUUGACGGGGAGUUUGAGGUGGAUCUCACGAUUGCCGACGAAGACUUCGAGAAGCAGUUCUGGUUCAUUGACUUCCGAUUCACAUUCUCGCCAGCGCCUCAAGACCUGACCGAGACAUUGAGGAUGUUUCUGGAGAUGAGUGUGAACGAGGCACUUGGCACUGACGGCCUACGGGGCUGUUACGAACUUCUUCACGAGCUCACUCUCACGCACAAGAUCAAUGAGCUUCGAAGACAGGCUGUACAGCUCAGCCGCGGCCGCUGGAUCGAGAAUUUGAGGGUCGAGCGAUUGAACCGUGCCCUCUCGAUACAGUACUGGACGAACCGUUUCCCCGCGAACUCCAACGCUGUUCCAAAGAGCUGGAUCAUUGUGGGUGUCAACAGCGGGAGAACAUCAAAAUCCAACUCACCACCAAAAACGAACCCUACUAGCCAUCUCGAACUGAGAUGGUUCCAGGACGGAAAAGAAGUUUGCGACGUGAACGUAGCAAUCGAUAACCAGGACAUCUCUGCAGAGGCACUUAUCAAGAAGAUCGUCGCGAAACAUGUUGGGAACAUUUUGUCAUCGAUCUACGACAAGCUUCUUUCCAAGCCACGCUUUGAGAAACGGCAAGCAUCGGUAUCGCUGAGCAUCGACAGUCAGGACCCAUCGGAGUCGGCCUUGGUGGUUCAGCUGACCCAUGCGCAGUCCCUGACCGUGCGAAUUAACCCAACCACAGGAAUGUUCAACAUGGAGCCCGCUGCGCAAUCAUACGUCUACAAGGGCGAAGCAUACCUCAACCAGAGAUCUCGAAACCUCGUAGAGGAUGCCGUUAUGCAAAUCGAGACCAUAAGGUGGCAGAGCGAAUUUGGCGAGCUCGUCCGACUGGGUCAAGGCCAGGGCUGGCACAUGUCUCGACGGCCGGUCGGUCCAGAAGAGGUCAAGCGGCUACACGCCUCCCGGGAGCCACACAACAUGCUGUGGCUCAAGCGCGAAGGCUGGACUGCUUCUUGGUACCUUGUCGUCUGUCUGAGCUUGGCCGGCGACACUUGGUGGCUGGUAGAGAUCGAUGCGCCCAACAACCCCACAGUGGAUUCGCCAAAACCUCGAGGUAACCAGUUCGCUUCUAGGAACAACCUGAUCGCUGAGCAGUCGACUGUUCGGCUCAAAUCCUACACACCUAUUCCGAUUACACUUACGAACCCCAGCUUCUCUGUCCCGUUCUUCACCGACCUCACCACGCUCACCACGGGUAUGAUUGCUCAGAUCAGCGACAUUACGACCCUACGCAAGAGCAGAAUUCGGUUUGCGGUCAAGGCCGCGAUCAACCCGUACUUGUCCUCUCGCACCAGGCUGCCGUCAUUGUUUGUCAGAUUUGCUUCCAUUCUCCCACCUCAGGGUGGCGAUCACGGGGCCCAGCGCACGAAAGAAUUGUGGGCUGGAGAAUUCGUCGAGAUCACAUUUCGAGGUGUUCGCAGUCCUGCAUCUGCCUCUAGCAAACACUUCGCCGUCUCUGCCGAUGUCAAGGUCCUUGUCAGAGACAAAUCCAAGUUCUCGCUUCUCAAGGGUCACGUCGAUCAUGAUGUCUACUACAACGCCCGCACUGGAUCGUUCAAGCUACAUCUGCGGACCGAGAUCGGAAAGUCCUUCAUCGACGUCCUUGCUACUCGUCUCAAGGCACUCGAUAGAUUGGUGGAGUUUGUGGCUGCGAUCAAUCGCCGCUCAGACACAGUGAAGUGCGAGAGCGUCACACUUCGCAAAGUCGUCUUCACCUACGGGCCACCGAAUUCGGAACAGCCGCCCGUGGAUGGGCAGACUUCGACCCCCUGGAGGGUCGUACUGGAUCUUGCCAAGAGUGACAAGGUCAGCGUCACUCUCGAGAAGGGCAACCCGCACAUCCGGGUCCGGGACAUGCUCGACUCGCUUGUGAAUUCUCGAGAUGGAUUCGAGCAGCUGCCAUUCUGGCUCCAGACAUCGCUGAAUCUCCAUCGGGCCCUCGACGCGAUGGAGGAGUCGUGGGUCGACGUCGCCAUGGACAACCAGGGCGAGCUCCAGAUCGAACCACGCACCCUGGACGUCUACUAUCUUUAUUUUGAGCUGCCCGCGCAGGCGAACAGGCCCGCACGCGGUCUACGCCUCAGAGUCAGAUGCAGGUCGCGCCGCGGAGAGCUGUGGUGGAGCGUGGAGCGCCCCCCCCUCUCGGGCGAGGCCCCCCGGAAGGACAGCGACGAGUUUGACGCGGCCCUGCAGCCGGUCUUUGACUCCAAGGGCGACGGUUGGAUGGGCCACGGCAAGUCUGCCGUUGCCAAGACCGCGGGCAGGGGCAUCGAGGAUCUGAUGGCCAGGGUGAGCGAUGCCUUGAAGGGUCUGGCCACCAGCGGAGGCGGAGGGGCUGCGCAACCAGCUGCCGGCUCGCAAGGCGCGGCGAUAGUCUUGGACUAGAAAAGGGGUGAAGCGGUCGCAAAAAAAGGCCCGGGGGGCCCAUGAUACGAUUGAUAGCUUGAUACCAUGACGUGCCCAAAACGAUAGGGCUUAUAAUGAAUACGUUGCUUUCGGCAAUGGAUCAAUAGACCAUAAAUAGUCAAAAUGACAGCCUAUUGACAUUGUCG